UCCAUCACCGUCGCCGAAGAGCAACUCGUCUUCGCCGCCGACGAGCAAGCAACCCAGAUCCAUCAUCGUCUUCCGUUCGUUCCUUCUCCAGCCCCAGGAGGAAAAAGAAGAAGAGGAUCGUCUUGCAAGCCCGCUGGGUGCGAGAUAGCCGCAGCAUGGAUUUUAAACUCCAUGAGAUCGAAGCUAUCACAAACAACUUUGCAGAGGAACAGAAAGUUGGCAGCGGUGGGUACGGAGAUGUUUACAGGGCCACUCAUAAAGGAGAAGAAAUUGCCGUGAAGAAGCUCCAUCAACUGCACGGACUCGAUGAUAAGGAAUUCCACGCCGAAUACCGUAACCUUCGUAAGGUACGCCACCAAAAUGUUGUGCGGCUAAUUGGCUACUGCUACGAGACUCGGAACAAAUACAUGGAUCAUAAAGGGGAUCUCGUCUUCGCGAAAAUUAUGGAACGGGUGCUCUGCUUCGAAUAUAUGCACGGUGGAAGCCUCGAUAAACAUAUUACAGAUGAAUCUUGUAAACUUGAUUGGCCCAUAUGCUACAAAAUCAUCAGAGGGACUUGUGAGGGCUUACAUCACCUUCACACCGCGCAGGAGAAGCCUAUUUUCCAUCUAGACAUAAAACCAGCCAACAUAUUGCUGGAUAAGAGCAUGACGCCUAAAAUCGCGGAUCUUGGUUUGUCCAAACUUGUUUCUUCGACAUUAACACAUAAAACAGAGACUGCCAAAGGGACACAAGGGUACAUGCCCCCGGAAUAUGUAGAAAGUGGCUCUGUAUCGAAGAAGUUUGACGUAUUCAGUUUGGGAGUGGUGAUUAUAAAAAUGAUGGCCGGUAAUAUGGGCUACUUCUGUCGUGCUGAAAAGUCUUCCAAAGACUUCAUUGAGCAUGUAACUGAAAACUGGACGAGAAGGUUGCAGGAAAAGCCUGGAUAUUCCUCGCACGAAAUAGAUAUCCUCCGAGUGAGUACAACUGUGGAGAUUACACUAAGGUGUGUGGCCAAGGACAGAAACGAAAGGCCAUCUAUCGAGGACGUCGUCCAUGAACUUGCGGAACUAGAAGCUAAGAUUGAGAAAAUGUCACUAGCUUCUGAUCUGCCAAAAGACCUCACUUUCCAGAGAAGCUGCAACGCUAACAUUCUGUCGGUGGAUCCGCCCAGGGUGCUGAGGUUCCUCUUUGAGCUAAGGAAGGAAGCGUCGUAUUGCCUGCACCUAACCAACAACACGGGUGGCUUCAUCGCAUUCAACAUAUUGAUCGAUAAGAACAAGUACAGUGUGCGGCCAGGCCAAGGGACCAUCCCUCCAUUCUCCAGCCGUGACGUGGGCGUGAUUCUGCAAGCGCAGGAGGCGGCGCCACCAUACAUGCGGUGCGAUGACAAGCUCGUCGUGCAGAGCACCAGCAUCAGCCAAGAUAUCGUGAUCGAUUAUGAAGAAUUGUUCAAGACGGCCAUGGCGAAUGAGGUGGUUGAUGUUGUGAAGCUGCGAGUCGCUUAUGGCACAUUGGACCAGUAGAGUCCUCCACCAAGAAGAGAGGAUAACUCAGGUGGUAAAGGCCGUGUUCGUAAAUUCAGAUAAUUAUUGAGUGGUUUCUUGCGAAUGGGUGUUGUUUUUAGGUCUCUUUAAUUGUAUCUUCUUCGACGACGUCGUGUUCAUCGUGUUGGAGAUGCACUUGUGCCACAGUAGUCCACUGUGAGAUGAACUCCUAGAUGUGCGCACUGUUAGGCCAUUUGUGAACUAAAUUUGAUCUACCCAAGCGUCAUUCUGGAUAGCCUUG